GCCUCUUCCCUAGGCAUGACCCAUUGUGCUGUCCCAUCUAUGAUAGUGGUUCAGGUUUCGGCCAAAAGAGAAGCAGGGAAGGAAGCACAAAGUAGAACGGGAAAAAUGAAGCUGGAAGUGUAUGCUGAUCGAAUGUCCCAACCAUCUCGCGCUGUCAUCAUCUUCUGCAAGGUAAAUGGUAUAGAUUAUACGGAGCUCAAGGUAGAUAUCUCAAAGAGAGAGCAUUUGACUCCUGAAUUUGCUGAAAUCAAUCCCAUGAAACAGCUGCCUGCCAUUGUUGACGGAAAAUUUAAGUUGUUUGAGAGCCACUCCAUUCUUAUAUAUCUUGCUUGUGCGUUUCCUGGAGUUGCAGAUCAUUGGUAUCCAGCUAAUCUUUUCAAGAGAAGUAAGAUACAUUCGGUGUUGUAUUGGCAUCACUCCAACUUACGUCGUGCUGCAGAUACAUAUGUUACUAACACUACAAUAUUACCCGCGCUUGGCCAUCCAUCGAAUCAACAAGCAGCUGCUGAAGCUGAGAAACUUCUCUUCUCAUCUUUGUCAAAGAUAGAGUCCUUUUGGUUGAAGGGUGAUGGGCCAUUUUUGCUGGGUAGGAAUCAACCCUCCAUAGCUGAUCUUAGCCUUGUUUGUGAGCUAAUGCAACUUGAGGUUUUGGAUGAGAAGGAUCGUGAGAGGUUAUUGGGUCCAUACAAGAAAGUUCAGCAGUGGAUUAAGCAUACAAGGAAUGCUACGAGUCCUCACUUUGACAACGUGCAUAAUAUCCUCAUGAAAGUCAAAGAAAAACUAAAAAAUAAGCCGUUAAUGGAAGCAAAUCAUGGAGGUGCGCGUGACAUCCAAAAGCGAUUGCGUUCAAGAAUAUGACAUGUGAAAGAAAACUGAAUAAAUCAUGGAGUCCCCAGCUUUUGUGUUGUCUUGGUAUGAAUAAAUUGGAAAUGAAAGGAAGAAAGUAUGGAUGUAAGCCUUCUGGCUUGGAUGAAGGGUUUUUGAAACAUUUAUUGAAGGUUUCAACGAAAAUAAAAAUCUUUAAAUCAAGUUCAUUCCUUCUGCA